AUGAAGAGAUGCCUCUACGAAGUAUUAGGGGUAGAUCAACACGCACCAGAAGAUGAUAUCAGGAAAUCUUACAGACGACUGGCUCUUAAAUUCCAUCCUGAUAAGAAUCCAGGAGAUGAAGAAGCACGUGUCCAAUUUCUAGCUGUUCAAGAAGCUUACGAAACACUAUCAGAUCCAAAUGAACGAGCGUGGUAUGAUGGACAUCGCGUUCAAAUCCUUCGCGGUGAUGAUGCUGGGACGAGCGGCGACGAUCCUUCCGCUGAAAGAAUCAACAUUUUUCGAUGGUUCAGAAAAGAUUGUUUUGACGGAUUCUCAGAAUCUGUUGAGAAUGAGAGAAAGUCGAAAUGUUUCUUCACUGUUUAUCGAGAAGUCUUUGACAUCAUCGCUGAUGAAGAAGUGAAGCGGACGGAGAAUCCUAAAGGAUCCAGCUGCGAAGAAUUUAAGACGGCCCCGACGCAUUUCGGGUUUGCGGAAGAAUGGAAUUUAGCAGAAGCACCAAAUCGAUUUGUCCGAAGACAAAUGGAAGCUGAGAACAAGAAAAAGCGAAAGGAUGCACGAAAGGAGUUUAAUGAUAGUGUUCGAGCGUUGCUUGAAUUCGUUAAGAAGCGCGAUCCUCGUCUUGCUGCCGUUCGUAUAGAAAAAGCGAAUGAGGCAAGACGUGUAGCAGAAGAAAAAGCUAGAAAGAAAAUAGAAGAGGAAGAGGAGCGAAGAUGCAUGCGGGAAGCCGCUGUUGAGGAAGAGAUGAGGCGAUGGGAAGAACUUGAGAAGGAAAAAGCGGCUUCAACGGGGCAAGUAUUUCUAGACGAAGCUUGGCAGAGUGAAUCAGAUGUGGAGGAAGGAAAAGGGAAGAAGAAGAAUAAGAAGAAAACAGACAAUAUUAUGUAUGCUUGCGAGGCGUGCAAAAAAGCAUUUCGGUCUGAAGCACAAUUCAAAUCUCAUGAAAAAUCUAAAAAGCAUAUUAUUGCGCUGAACAAGUUUCUUGAGGAAUUGGAAGACGAUGCUGUUUCUAGUGCUUCUCCUCAAAACAGCGAUGGAGAACGAGAAGGUGAUUUCUCUGACUCACAACCUGAUAAAUUGGAAUUGGAAUCUCAAUCUGAAAACAGUAACAGCAGAAGAAAUUCAUCUGGAAAGAGUGAUUGCGAGAAGUCUGACAUCUCGUCGAGCGACAGUGAAGCUUUGGAUCGAUUGCUACGAAUGCGGAUGAGGAAAAACUAUGAGAGUGAAAGUGAAGCUGAGUCAACAGACUCAAGCCAGGAAGAAACUGAAGCAGCAGAAACAAAAGAAGAAGAAGAAAGUCACGCAGCAGCAGAAACCAAAGAGCAGGAAGCUCAACCGGCAGAAGCAAAACAGGAGGAAAUUGCAGAACAGGAGGAAGUUGCAGAACAGAAGGCACAAAAGAUUUCGGCUGAAGCCCCUCAGAAAGUAACUCUUAAAGCAAAGAAACAAAAUCUUAAGGCAGCUGGACGAGAACGUCCCUCAGAAAGGCCGGAAAGGUGCACUUCUUGCAAUAAGGAAUUUAUGUCCCGAAAUCAGCUUUUCAAACAUAUCAGGGAUACGGGGCACGCAGCGAUCAAAGACGCUGCUCAUAGCAAACAGAAGCAGAAGAAAAAAGGAAAUAGUUAA